AUGGCCGUUCUACUGUCGAAGAAGGUGAUUCGAGUGGCACUGCUAUCCUCUGUGGUGCUCCUGUUCUUGGGGCUCCUCUCGGGGCACCAGGAUGUGCAGGAAUACAUGCCCGAUAGCGUGAGGGACAUGCACUCGAGCGUUAAGGGCUCGUUGACGGGGGUCUGGGGCGGCAGGACCGAGGCCGUUGUUGAGGAGACGAAGAGCGAUGCGGGCGUGGCGCAUGCAGACAGUGGCGCGGAGCGCUCGAAGGCGCCAGCGAAGGCCAAGGAGCCUGCAGAGGAGUGGAUGCGGAAGCCGGCGCCGGUGCAGGCGGACGGUAAGGUGCGCGCGUCGUUUGUCUCGCUUGUGCGAAACUCGCAGCUGGAGGGCAUCAUUCCGGCGAUCAAGCUGGUCGAGCAGCGCUUCAACCACAAGUACCACUACCCCUGGCUCUUCCUCAACGACGAGCCCUUCAACGAGGAGUUCAAGACCGAGAUUAGGAAGGUUGUGAGCUCUGAGGCACGCUUCGAGACCAUCCCCAAGGAGCACUGGAGCUUCCCCGAGUGGAUCGACCAGGAUAAGGCGGCCGAGACCCGCGAGAAGAUGAAGGGCAUCAUCUAUGGUGACUCCGUGUCCUACAGGCACAUGUGCCGCUUCGAGUCCGGCUUCUUCUGGCGCCAUCCCGCGUUGGAGGACUACGACUGGUAUUGGCGUGUCGAGCCCGACACCAAGCUCUUCUGUGACAUCGACUACGACGUCUUCCGCUGGAUGCAGGACAACGACAAGGUCUACGGCUUCACCAUCUCCAUCCACGAGUUCCAGGCCACCAUCCCGACCCUCUGGGAGACCACCACCAACUUCAUCAAGAAGCACCCCGAGUAUGUCGCCAAGGACAACAUGCAGGGCUUUAUUUCGGACGACAACGGCAAGACCUACAACCUGUGCCACUUCUGGUCCAACUUCGAGAUAGCCUCAUUGAACUUCUGGCGCUCCAAGCCUUACCGUGAGUACUUUGACUACCUCGACCAGGCCGGUGGCUUUUUCUACGAAAGAUGGGGUGAUGCCCCUGUGCACAGUAUCGCUGCGUCCUUGUUCUUGCCGAAAGAUAAGAUCCACUUUUUCAACGACAUUGCAUACUACCAUGGGCCCUUCACCCACUGCCCGAUUGAAAAGGACGUGUUCCAGAAAGGGAACUGCGACUGUAACCCGGAUGAUGACUUUACGUUCCAGGGCUACGCAUGCGGACAUAAGUAUUAUGAGGUCAACAGCAUGAAGAAGCCUCCUGGAUAUGAGCGCUUCCAGUGA